CGCCAGAAUAAUUCUAACGCUCCCCCGCUCGCCCGCUCUCUCUCUCUCGAUCUCUUUCUCUCUCUCUCUUUCUAGUCCAGUUCGUCUCUCGGCGGAGGAGAGGGACAACAGCACAUCAUACAGACGCACACACUCAGCCUGCUUACAUUGUCGACAGCACAGCUUCGGCUCUCAGCUGAGCCAAGCCAAGUUAAGAGAAGCCGAGCAAGAGCAAGAGCAGGGCAGGGCAGGGCAGAGCUGGGCAGGGGCAGAGCGGAGCCGAGCCGAGCCGAGCCAAAGGAAGGGAAGGCAAAGCGAAACGAGGCGAGGCAAGGCAAGGCUACAUGCGUGAGAAUAUCAGAUUGUGCACACAAGGGGAGUCGACGGGCAGAAGAGUGCUGUGCACACAAUCAUAUGGCAGGAACGUAAGCCACAUUUUUCCUCGCAUGUCUCUUUCAUCAAAAGUGGAACGUAUCAGCUGGAUGCUGGAGUGCACACCUGAACAUCCGUGACCUCGGCCCCCGGUCGUCGUUGCAUAUAAAAUACCUCGUACACAAUCUCUGGAAACCACACCAGUGCGGUACAGUUUGGUUUCACUGCAGCCACUGGUCUACUCUGUUCUCCCGCUCGGGUCCGGUACGCUGAUGGCAGCUGCGGUGAGCUCAUCGUGUGUGCUCUAAAGUACCUCUGCUAUACAGUACAAUUUCAGAAGGUAGACGAUCCUUCAAACACAAUACUAGUCCUAGUUAUCCUCCUCCCGCUUCAUCUCUCUCUCGUUCCUCUCCUCUCCUCUCCUCUCCUCUCCUCUCCUCUCCUCUCCUCUCCUCUCCUCUCCAUUCGUGUUAUCGGAACGAGUCGCUAGCUAUUGGGAGGUCUAUACUAGGAUUGGUAGUCAGUCACCUUUUGCUUUCGGUGCCGACGUGAAUGCAGUCACAAGCAGCCAAUUUCUUAUAGAUUCCCCGGACUCAGCUGCUGUUACUGCUACACAUUGGCAAGCAUCGGUUUCUGCCAGCGCCGGCACGAGCAUCAAAUUAUUUCUCGAGUACGCAGUACGUAGUGAGGGGGUCUCGGGGGUGAGACAGCGCAUUCGAGCUCGAGAGGAUCGACCUGCAGCUCAACAGAGCGCAGGCAGGUGCUGAGGAGAGAUGGCAUCGUGGACGGAGCUCGAGCAGGCUCGGGGUGUUCGGAGAUGGAGAGCGGCGGCCGGCAUGUUGGCGCUCUUGCUGUGUGCUUCGGUGACGCAGGUGGCAGCGCAGGGAGGCAGCUGGGAGCUGCUGGUGGAGAAUGCGGGAAUUGCGUCCAUGCACACCAUGGUCACGCACUUCGGGACUGUGAUUCUGCUGGACAGGACCAACAUCGGGGCGUCGCAGAUUGAUCUGCCGGCGGGCGUGUGCAGGGACAACGAGCAGGACCAAAUUCUCACUCACGAUUGCACAGCGCACUCGGUGGAGUUCACUCCGGGCUCCAAUGCCAUCCGCCCGCUCUUCAUUUUCACCGACACCUGGUGCUCGUCGGGCCAGUUCGGCCCCGAUGGCACCAUGACUCAGACGGGCGGCGACUCGGACGGGCUCAUGAAGAUCCGCAAGUUCGUCCCGUGCGGAGAUGGCAGCUGCGAUUGGACCGAGACCACCACGGAGCUGCAGAAUGGCCGCUGGUACGCAUCGAACCAGGUUCUGCCCGACGGGAGCCAGAUCGUGGUCGGAGGAAGGUCGGUGUUCACGCUCGAGUUCGUGCCCAGCAAGGGCGAGGCUCGAUACCUGCCGCUGCUCGAGGCGACCAAGGACGCUCAGGACGACAACUAUUAUCCAUUCGUGCACUUGUUGCCAUCGGGAAAUUUGUUCAUCUUCGCCAACAAGGACUCGAUCAUCUACGACUACAACACCGACGCCGUCGUCAGGACCAUGCCCACUCUCGCCGGCACGCCUCGCAACUAUCCGUCCGCGGGCAGCUCGGUGCUGCUGCCAUUGACGGCCGCCGAUGGCUACACCAAGGCCGAGGUGCUGGUGUGCGGAGGGGCGCAAUUCGGGGCCUACCUGAGCGACCAUUCUCUGCCGGCGAGCAACGACUGCGGGCGCAUCGAUGCGUCGGAUCCGGCCUCGGACUGGGCCAUCGAGGUCAUGCCGUACGCGAGGACCAUGGGCGACAUGGUCAUGCUGCCGAACCAGCACACUCUGAUCAUCAAUGGCGCCCAGACGGGAUCCCAGGGCUGGGGGCUGGCCGACAAUCCCACCUUCAAUCCGCUCGAAUACAAUCCCUUCGCUGCAGCCGGGGCGAGAUUCGCCGUCAUGAAUCCCACCACCAUCGCCCGAAUGUACCACUCCACGGCCAAUUUGCUCCCGGACGGCCGCGUUCUGGUGGCGGGAAGCAACACGCAUCAGUACUACGAUUUCACGGGGCCUUACCCGACCGAGCUGCGGCUGGAGGCCUUCAGCCCGCAGUAUUUGAGUGCAGCCAAUGCCCCGAACAAGCCGGCGAUUACAGCUGCCCCUGGGAGCUUGGCGUACGGAGAAUUGUUCACCGUGAGCGUGACCAUCGCCAAUCCGCCGGCUGGCAAUGUGCAGCUCCUUCUGCUCAGCUCGCCAUUCACGACGCAUUCGUAUUCCCAAGGACAGCGCCAGCUGAAUCUGGACGUGGCGGCUCCCGUGGCUGCAGGAGGUGGGAGUUAUACGAUCUCUGCGACAGCGCCUCCCGGGGCCGCAGUGGCCCCACCGCAGUACUACAUGCUGUUUGCGCUCAAUGGUGCUGUCCCGAGCAGCGCUACGUGGGUCAGAAUCGGCUGAAUCGGUUGAAUUGGAUGAAUUGAUCGCUCGAGAGGAGGAGUCAAGCUUCAUUGGCCCAAUCCUCGAUUCCAUAAACGAGUGUUUAGAUAGCGUGGCUCGAAACCAAUCUCUGUCGGCAUUCGAUGAAGCAUGAUGUACAUAUGCAACCAUUUAGUAAACAGUCGGUCAGUCAGUCGUUAGGUUACUGUCGUCAUGACUAUGGACCCAUCAAUCAAUCAAUGUGGAGGGCCAAUUGAGACCGAAAAAAAAUUUGGGAGAUUUAUGCUGUCCGCCCCCACCCCGCCACGAUUCACGGAGUCGGAGCUGCGGACAUUAUACUGACAUGACAUUCAACAAGGUCACAACUAUCGGCGGGUAGUGGGAAUGGGGCCCAAACUCCCAUCCUAGGUACACUAUUACAGUCACGGGGGCGAAGAAAUCUUGGCCAUUAUAACCAGAUUCACACCCCGCUGAGACCCGAGUUUCCUUGAGAUUGGAAGCAUAUAAAUUAUUGCAUUUGGUGCCAGCGAAGUGUCCCAAUUCAACGUAGAAUAUUACCAUGUACACGUUUUCAGGAUAAUUUACCGAAUCAAGAGUUUAGAUCGAAGGCGCAGCUUUCACUCAACGCUGCAAAAUUACUGCAUUUGGUUCUAAAUAAAUGUAGCCGGGUUAUUCAAAACAUCACAGACGCCUGAAUUAAAGCUUCCUGACACCCAGUUUAGCCGAAUCUAUCGCAAGGAAAGAUAAGCGACUCUUAAGCAGUCGCGAAUGUAUCAAGAUACGCACUCUUUGGGAACAAAGUAAGGGUCCAAUUCGCGUUAUUUC